AUGUCGCUUCAAGCCUAUAUCAACAAAAAGGUGCUCAUCCUGACGGUCGACGGGCGGACUCUGCUCGGCACUCUCUUAUCGACUGAUCAACUCACAAACCUCGUACUAUCAAACACGAUUGAGCGGAUCAUCCGCACGCCCGACGAUCCGGAACCGAGCUCUCAGAUCGAACAUGGCCUGUAUCUGAUCCGCGGCGACAACGUGGUGGUCUGCGGCGAGGUCAACGAAGAGAUUGACCGGGAGAUCGACUGGUCGAAGGUGAAGGGUCAGGUGGUCAAAGGCACCAAGAAUGCGUGA